GUGAGUGUUCUGACUGAGUUUUACCAGUGGUUUAUGUAAAUUUCAAUUUCUGUUAUUUUGUUAAUCUGAUCUGGGUUGCCUGUUUUGAAAAGAACGAGUCCAAAUAAUAACUGGAUCCAAACAGUUGGUGACGCCUUGUAGAAAUUCACUUUGUCACAAACAGUGACGAAUGAAGACGUGGGCUAAAAGUAGUGAACGUAUACAAUGUUUGAGUCAUUUUAAAUUGUAUUUGUUUGAACUUUAAAGAUGCCAAACGGCGAAGAGAUAGAUCGAUCUUUCUUUUGUCGCCAUUUUACAACUUUUACGAGAGUUCUAGGAGUCGCUACAAGCAUUGCAUUAUGGUGGAUUGGUAUAUUACUUACUGACAAAGCAGACAAGAGAAUUGCUGUGUAUUUAUUAAUCUGUGCUUUUGUGGUAUCAUUUCUUGAAGUUAUAUUUAUACUUGACAGAUGUGCAAUAUGCAAGGAAGGACAUUUUGGCUUCACACUGUGGAACUUUCUUAAAGCAAUUGACACAUGGAAGAAGUUUGUGCUAUAUGGCUCGUUAUCAAUAGUAUGUUACCUGCAUCCAAAGGAAUUCUGGGAGGCAGUUAUUAUUGGAGUGUUUCUUGAUGUCUUAGCUAUUUUCUAUUUAAUGCAUACAUUCAGAAAGAAGAAUGAGAGAGCUGUUUAUAGGUAUAGACAAUUAGAAAUCAAAUAGACUCACAAAAAUUAAACUGGUACACUUAUUUAUAUAUCGACAAAUGUUGGUUAGAAAAAGGAUUUAUUAAUACAAUGGCAUAUGUACAUCUAAUAUGCAGUCAUCAUUGGGUCUUUCCAAAUUUGAGCUGCUUAUAGAGGUUUUCUACUAAAUAAAGGGUACUAAAUAGGGGGUGAUUUAGAGAGUUGGAGCUUUUUAAGUACAUGUAUCUGUAGUAUUUGAUGGAAGGUGAGUGCCAGUCCAGUCAAACCAUUGCCUAUGAGGUAUACUGAACUUCCUUUAACUUCCUUAUAAGAGUGUGUAAAAAUAAUGUAGGGCAGGUUAUAAAAAAAUGCUUGAUGGUGACCACUGAAAUAGAGGUACCAUUCUACUCCAUUUUACAUUUCCYAUCGUAGCCAAGCCUAACCUAUAACUUUGCAUCAAAGUGAGGUAGUAGUUGAACUUGGAGUGAUAGAUGUUUUUUUUGUUGUUUGUUCGACACUGUUCUGACAUUGCAAGCUCAACCACAAUCUGCCAUGACCUGUGUAUAAGUGAGAGAUUUGGAGGGAUUUCCAGGACUGGCCUAUGGUAUUGGUAUGGUAUGUCUUAUUGGAGCUGCACUGGAGAUCUUGGGACUGCACCAUGAGGACAGGGGAUACAAUAGGCCAGUCCUGGACAUGUGUGAUGUUGGAACGAUAAGUAAAUAAUAUACAAUAUUUGCAGAGAGUCUGAAUGAGGUGACCUACUGUUUUAAAUUAUCAUACAAAUGAUUGGUAAUAAUGAACAUUAUAUAUUAUCUAUAGCAUAAAUAGUUUGUAUAGCAUCAGUUAWUUCUUUUGGAGAAUCAAAAAGCCAUGCAUUUAUUCAUUGACGCAACUGGAAAGUUUUGUACCACAUUCAUACAAGCAAACAGAAUGAAGAAAUAAUUGUGCCACCAAUAGUAAAAAAUAUAGAAAUAACAAACUCCAACUAAUCAGAAACUUAUUUGUUGGAACAUUACGUACUUAUUUAUGAUGAUAACUUUGACUGAAAGGAGUAGAAAAAGCAAUGAAAAUAUGCAAAGCAUUCUGGUAGUGCUAAAUCAUAGAAACUAAAAAAAAGUAUAAUUGUAUACUUUGAAAAUAGUCUGGGUUGAUGAGUUUAAGUAUGCAAUAAUGAGUUUAAAUCCAAUCAAYUAACAUCUUUUUCAAUAAAAAAAGGAUUUAAAUUUCAAUAAAACCAAUCUUCGAAUAUAACUAUUUAUAAAUAAAUACAAAACCACCAUUGUAUCAGAACUACCAUUUAUAGAUGGUUAUCAUUAGUAUGGGUUUACAUGCUGUAAUUUUAUUUAAUUUUAAUAGGAAAAAAUGAUUAUGAUUAUGAUAUUAUUUAUUUAUUAGAACAAAAUUAUAUAUUGUUGAUUAAAAGAGAGUAAUGAAUAAAAUUCUAUAAAUAAUU